AUGGCAGGGGGCGUGCUGUUGAUGCCAAGGAAUGGCCACUUGAGGCCACAAUCGAGGCAGCACCGCAAGACACCGGACACUGAGAUCGUGGCUCGAUGCCUAAAAGUGGCGCUUGUUGCAUUUGAUGCGAGGACCGGGAUCGCGCGCUGUUGCGGCUGCCGUCACUUGAUGGACUUGGGGACACGCAAUGCUGUGGCCCCGACGGUAGGGGUAGGGGUCCACGCCUUUGCGGAGGCUGGUGCAUACUGCGCGUACGGCUUGAGAUGGGAGACAUGGAGGAAAGUUUCCUUGCUGCAAAGAGUCGUCAACGCGGGAUCGUCAAUCCCCUUUGGGAGUUACACUUCUGCUCCGGUGCCCGAUUCCGUUUCAGGAAUCGACGUUGAGGACGAGCGGAGAAGCUCUGGGGUGCAAUCCAGGAUGGUGGACUCGAAAGAAAAGAAGGGCAAGCUGAUCCGGUGGGGAAAGCUGAAAAUUCCUGUCAAAUCCUCGGAAGGAAGCAGAGACGACUAUGGUGAUCCGAACAGCGCACUUUCUGCUGGAGGGUUGCCAGCAGCGCAAAUGCAUCAUCACUGCAGCGCGCUUCAGCUACACGAGGGUCGCGCAUCUUCGCGCUUGAGUUUCUCUCGCGCUUCGCAAGAUGACGUGUCUGCACUGGCGGAACGUCGGUCCCUUCUCAGCAUACCGAGUCGGGCAGCGACGCCAAAUCCGACGACGCCGGUAGUCGCCAUAGCCGUCGCAACGACACCUGUCGGUGAAAUGCGACACCAGCCGCUCAGUCUGGAGAUCCCACAACAUCACGUCACUCCGCCGGUUUGUCGGCGAACACCGACGCAAUAGAAAAAUUGUUUGUUUUCCCUUUCCCAGUUUUUGUUGUUCUUCUUCAUUCGCACGAGGAAUUUGAAAUUUCAGGUCAACAAUUUUUUCACUUCUUCGUCUUCAGUCAGCUAAACUUCUUUUUUUUUUUAAGUCAGCCCGGUCAUGAGAGCAAUAGUGAAUUAGUGAACGACCUGGGUGACACCUUGAGGAGAGAAGUGAUAUUUGUAGGGCUGAUUUCUCGAAAAAGAAUUCGGGGGAUUUUCCAGCUACUUUUUUAGAACCCUUUUUAACGCAACCUAGAUCUUCGAUUUUAUUCGGCGAUUCCACUAUAGCUACGUUUCCGGCAAAAACGUAAUUAUUUCUGGGAAUUAUGGCCGUAUUACUACAGUAUAAAAUUUGUUUCAAAGGAAGCUGGCCCUACAACUACUUUGGAAAAAUGAGGAAAAGCCUAAAAUUUUGGCAAACAGAAGUAUUUUGCACCUGGGGGAGGAAUAAAGGGACAGUUUUGUGCAUUUCCGAAAGUAGAACUGAUGAUUGGAUAUUGAUGAACAUUACUUCCAUCAACAGAAAAAUGACAUGGCCUUCAAAAUAUUCUUUAAAAAGGAUGAGUUUGGAGAUUCAGGCAUACUUGUAAAAAAAAAAAGUUUGCGUCCAAAACAGGCGUUAAUGAAUGAAUCAUCCCGAGAUUUAUUUUUAAAAUACAAGAAAUAUUUCCUCUCUUUCAGUGUUGCCAAAAGUGUGUUGUUCUCGGAAUCAUUCCGGACUUUAUCUUCCGUUCUUUCUCACAAUUUAACGCGCAUUUGCCCAGAACUUGAUCGUACAUAUGUUCAUAAUUCCCGAAAGUAUUUGCGUAUUUUUCAGUGGAUCGCACCAGUAUACUGUACCUUUUUAGAACCUGCUGGUUCUUCGAAAGAAAUUCAGGAAUCCAAAUACGAUAGUCAAUCUCUCAUCGGAGCCUUUUCCGUCGACAUUGUUCGAAUGCUGUCAGAAAGUGCGGGAGCAAAUGCGAUUCUGAUUUCAGGGAUAAAGUCCCACUUUUUGUAAUGAUUCGAAUUAUUUUCGGUGCAUGAUGAUGAUGAUGAUGUGUCCCAUGUUGGAGUCGAAGUCAAUGAAUUCGAAAGGGUGCUCUCAGUGUGUAAGCCAUCAUGCAGCGUUCUUUGUUGUAUGCAUGGAAUUUGUAUGUAAAAAUAGGACAGCUGAGGAUUCAAGGAUUUUUUUCCCCCAACGUUGGCCGUGUUAUCCUGAAGUUCCCUCCGAAAAAAGAGAGAGAGAGAGAGAGAGAACGGCGUGAAAAGGAGUCCUCUUUUUCGACGUGGAAAUCUUUUUGUAGCAAAUUUGAAUAGCUUUAGAAAUGGCCAUGUUUGAUGGCAAUAACCGAGAGUUUACGGAUGAUUGCGCGAGUGCUCCGAGAGGAACUUUGUAUUGCGUUCCUUUUAGCAUCCGACCGCAGUAAAGAGAGUUCUGAACCUCGAAA